AUGGAAAGCUUGGAGAAGGAGCAACAGAAUCGAAUUCCAACCUCUUCUGUCAACUUCCUUGAAGCACUUCCCGAUGUCGUCUUCGACGCGGUGAUGGAGUACCUUCCUGGAGGGAUCAUCGAAAGCACUGUUCGACAACUCUCGAAGAAUUGCUAUGAAAGGGGUCGAGCUGCGCAGAGCAAGACUUCCUCCCUGUUCAUAUCGAUCAGCUUUAUUUUGAGGAAACAAGCUCAACAAAAAGAAGUUGUUCUAUCGGAUAAAAUAAAGAAUGCCACUCUCUUGAAAGAAGUGCAACAGAAGCUUUACGAGUACGGUCAUGGAUACAUUGUUGUUGGAGAUCCGUACAGCACCUCAGCCACCAGCAAAGUCACCACCGCUCUCGCUAUUCAGGCGUUCAACCGGAAAGUUUUGUCCAGAGGCUUACUCGUCGGUCCUCCAUACGGUGGUGCAAUGUACGAUAUUUUCCAUGGGAAAGAAGCUUGCUUUUUGAUUUUGGCUGGAUUGGGAGUGAUUGGAGCAGGACUCCAACUCUUGGUUCUUCCACCAAAACUUCAAUUCCAAGAGCAAGUCAGCGAUAGCACAUCACUUCGUCGAUUGCUUAUGGAUCCACGAAUUGUCAUUGCUGCAGCAUCGAUUGUUGUCGGCAAUUUGGGAUUGGGUGUGCUCAUUCCUGGACUUCAACUCUUGAUGGUUGACAAAUGGAACUCGACUGCUUUUCAACUAGGCAUAAUCUUCUUCCCGUGCUCGUUGGCCUAUUUGAUCGGGACGACUUUCGUCCCAGCGUUGGCGCUAAAAUUUGGACGCUGGCGUUGUGUUCUCAUCGCUCUUCCAACGAUCUCAAUUUGUUUGGUCUCGAUUUCAUUAGCGCCCGCAAUGUAUUGGCUUUAUUUACCAAUCACGAUCAUUGGAAUGUGCAUUUCAUUUAUCGACUCAGCCAUGAUCCCACUGCUCGGACAAAUGGCUUAUCUGAAGCACAAGGCGGAAGAACGAUUGACAGAGAUUGGGCAUUUCACAGAAGCUUCACCACUUUUGAGUGCAAGAAAAGAAAGUGAAGUCGAUAGUGAGGAUUCGCAAAUCUCAUCAACUUAUGCAGCAAAUGCUUAUGCGAUCAGUGAUGCUGGUUUGAGUAUCGCCUACUGGGUGGCACCGAUGGCGUCUGGUCCGUUGGUUCAAUGGAUUGGGUUUAAGUGGAUGACUUGGGCAUUCGCUAUUGGAAUCGUCUGUUUCGCUCCGUUGGCGAUUUUCUUGCGAAAUCCAACCGGUUCAUCGAGAAUUCGAGGAGAUUCUAUUUUACCCAAUCGUCAU